CAGCCGCUGAGUAGCCAUUUUGGUCCCACCUAAAACAGACGGAGCAGCUUCACUUUGGGUCGUCGGAGAUGGAAGAAAUCCGACUCGACGGCGAGUAUUUUAGUCACCGAAACCUCGUGAAUCCCUCCUGGAAACACCGGACGGUGACACUCGACGCCAUGGCUUCCUUUUAAACAGUUUUUUGAGGGAAAGAAUACAACCUUUGGGGGCUAAUUCUGUUUUUUUGAAGUGGCGACCAACAUCGCCUUAACGUUACUUUAGUUAGCUUCACUUGACACGGGCACUGAUUCGAGUUUUACACCUGGGCCCGAGGGUUACGCGUCAUGUGAGUAAGCGAACCUCAGAUUGUUACGGUAUUUUUCUAAAUUAUUUUUUUAGUGAGGGAUUUUUUUUUAUUCCGGUCCCCUACAGUUCAGGUGCUCGGUUCUAACACGUCCGGUUUGGUGUUGAAAAUUGUCACGAUCCAUGCGGAGACAGCUUCCCCCCGGAGAGCCCAGCUGCACCGCAACGCCAUAAGCUACGGGGAUUCUUUCCGGUUACCGGAGUAAAGGAAGUGUCGGGGGAUAUUUUUUCUUUUUGGUGGGUGGCGGAGUCAUCAGACGGCGACUGGUGGGAUUAAGGACAAAUAAAAGAGAUGUCAACAAAAACUCCUCUGCCAACGGUCAACGAGAAGGUGACUGAGAGUCACACCUCCCACAGCAAUGGACGCCAGGAGGUCAGCGCCCGCUCGGCCCGGACCGGCGUCCGAUCCCGCGGCUCCGAGGAGCCGCAGCAGCCCCACGUGGGGAACUACCGGCUGCUCAAAACCAUCGGCAAGGGCAACUUCGCCAAGGUGAAGCUGGCCCGGCACAUCCUGACGGGCCGAGAGGUGGCGAUCAAGAUAAUAGACAAGACGCAGCUGAACCCAAACAGCCUUCAGAAGCUCUUCAGGGAAGUUCGAAUAAUGAAGAUUUUGAAUCACCCAAAUAUCGUCAAGCUCUUUGAGGUGAUCGAGACGGAGAGGACGCUCUACCUGGUGAUGGAGUACGCCAGCGGAGGGGAGGUGUUUGACUACCUGGUCGCACACGGACGGAUGAAGGAAAAAGAGGCCAGAGCUAAAUUUAGACAGAUUGUAUCGGCGGUGCAGUACUGCCACCAGAAGCACAUCGUUCACAGGGACCUCAAGGCGGAGAACCUGCUCCUCGACGCCGACAUGAACAUCAAGAUCGCCGACUUCGGCUUCAGCAACGAGUUCACGAUGGGCAACAAGCUGGACACGUUCUGCGGGUCGCCGCCCUACGCCGCGCCCGAGCUCUUCCAGGGGAAGAAGUACGACGGGCCCGAGGUGGACGUGUGGAGCCUCGGGGUCAUCCUGUACACGCUGGUCAGCGGCUCGCUGCCCUUCGACGGCCAGAACCUGAAGGAGCUGCGCGAGCGCGUGCUGCGCGGGAAGUACCGCAUCCCCUUCUACAUGUCCACGGACUGCGAGAACCUCCUCAAACGCUUCCUGGUGCUCAACCCGUCCAAGCGGGGGACGCUCGAGCAAAUCAUGAAGGAUCGAUGGAUCAACGCCGGGUUUGAGGAGGACGAGCUGAAGCCGUACAUCGAACCGGAGCUGGACAUCACGGAUCAGAAGAGAAUCGAUGUGAUGGUCGGGAUGGGCUACAACCUGGAGGAGAUCCAGGAGUCUUUGGCCAAGAUGAAGUAUGACGAGAUCACAGCCUCCUACCUGCUGCUGGGCCGCAAGGCCUCCGAGAUGGAGCCCACUGAUUCGGCCUCCAGCAGCAACUUGUCUCUGGCCAAGGCGAGGCCGAGCAGCGAGCUCAACGGACAGUCGCCCUCCCACCUCAAGGUGCAACGCAGCGUCUCCUCCAAGCAGAGGCGCUACAGCGAACAGGUCGGUCAGAACGUCCCUCCUGGGAUGUCCCACCCAAAGAGGAGUCAGACCACCACAGCGGAGAACAGCGCCAAGGAGGAAGGUGGAGUCCAGAUGCGUAAACCCAGCACGCCGGGGGGGCGCGGCGCUCCGCCCGCCUCCCCCCUGCUGGGCAACGCCAACAACCCCAACAAGGCCGACAUCCCCGACCGCAGGAAAGGCGCCACCACCGGAUCGAGCAGCAACGCGGCGGCGGUGGCGGCGGCGGCGGGGAUGACCCGGAGGAACACGUACGUCUGCAGCGACCGGAACAACGGCGACCGGCUGUCCGUCAUCCCCAACGGGAAGGAGAACAGCAGCGUUGCAGCGUCGCCCGGCGGCCAGAGGAACCCGGUGGCGUCCAUCAACAGCAUCGCCAACGCCUCCACGCCGGACCGCCUGCGCUUCCCGCGGGGCACCGCCAGCCGCAGCACCUUCCACGGCGGCCAGCUGAGGGACCGCCGCACGGCCACCUACAACGGCCCCCCCGCCUCGCCCACGCUGUCCCACGACGCCACGCUCCUCUCCCAGACCCGCAGCCGUGGGACCAGCAACCUCUUCUCCAAGCUCACCUCCAAGCUCACCCGCAGAAACAUGUCAUUCAGGUUUACCAAAAGAGUCUCAACAGAGUUUGAGAGAAACGGGAGACUUGAGGGCUCAAGUCGCCAUGUACCUGGGGAUCAAAAAGGGGAAAACAAAGACGGUAAACCCCGCGCCCUCCGAUUCACUUGGAGUAUGAGGACCACCAGCUCCAUGGAGGCCUGUGACAUCAUGCGGGAGAUCCGCAAGGUGCUCGACGCCAACAACUGCGACUACGAGCAGCAAGAGAGCUUCCUGCUGCUGUGCGUGCACGGGGACGGGCGGGCGGAGAACCUGGUGCAGUGGGAGAUGGAGGUCUGCAAGCUGCCGCGCCUCUCGCUCAACGGCGUCCGCUUCAAACGGAUCUCCGGCUCGUCCAUCGCUUUCAAAAACAUUGCUUCCAAAGUUGCCAACGAGUUAAAGCUAUGAGCAAAAGAGAAAGAAAAAAAAAAGGGGGGGGGUUCAAAGUAUAUAAAUAUAUAUAUCUAGAAGUAUUUAAGCUGUACAAUCAUCCAAGUAGCAGUUUCCAAAUGUCUCCUUUUUUUAAAACAAAAUACAGAGUAUGUAUUGAAUAUUCUAAUGUAUAGAUUAAGGCUUUUGGCAAUAAUCACUGAAUUACCUACUAAUAUCUGUCUGUUGAGGCCGACAUUAAUGAGUUGAAUAUGAUUUGUCGUGCUGUGAAUGUGGACAAAACAAUGAAACAUUUCUAUUCUUAUUUAUUUCAUCUUUUUUUGUUUUGAUUUUUCCUGCUGGGAAAAAUCAAAACAAAUGAUGUAGUUUUCUUUUUGUUUUCAGUGUAAAUAAUCUACUUUCCACAAGGCUUCACUGCAAUACGCAUUGUUCUUUUUGUAUUUCGUUUAAAAACUAGAGAUGUGGAGUCUGUAAAUGGUCACAUGGUUUAAGGGUCACCCAUGUCUCAAUUAAAGUGUAUCAACUUGAAA